UCCGCUCGUCUUCUUUCCGCUCGUCUACUUCGCCGAACGAGGUUCCGCCCAUCGAAGCUUUCCUUCGUCGCGGUUUCUCUCUCCUCCUCCCAUCUUCCCCCACUCGAAGGCCGACGCCUCCUCGAUACGCGUCCGUCUUCGCCGAUCGGGAAAAAGGGUUCCCCUUUUAACCCCCCCCGCUAUCGCCGCUGCAGCUGCAAGGUGUCCGAGCUCGGCGCUUCGAGAUCGAGUCACGCGAUGGCGAGCCAACAGCAGAAAGCCUCGGUUCACGACUUCACCGUCAAGGAUGCUAGGGGGAAUGACAUCGAUCUCAGCCAGUACAAGGGGAAAGCCCUGCUGAUCGUCAAUGUUGCAUCGCAAUGUGGCUUGACAAACUCAAACUACACAGAGCUGAGUAAGCUUUAUGAGAAGUACAGAAAUCAAGGUCUGGAGAUUCUGGCUUUUCCGUGCAACCAAUUUGGAUCUCAGGAACCGGGGACCAACGAGCAGAUCCAAGAAUUUGCCUGUACUCGAUUCAAGGCUGAAUACCCUGUCUUUUCUAAGGUUGACGUGAAUGGUGCGAAUGCUGAUCCAUUGUACAAAUUCCUGAAAUCUAGCAAAGGUGGGUUCUUUGGCGACGGCAUCAAAUGGAACUUCACCAAGUUCUUGGUCGACAAAGAGGGGAAUGUAGUCAAGCGUUACGCUCCAACAACUUCACCCCUGAGUUUCGAGAAGGAUGUGAAGAAACUGCUGGGGGUUGAGUGAAUUUCAUAAGGGUGGACGGUUUCUGAUUCUGGUUGAUAAAUAAUGAGGGAAGCAGACUUGGGGAGUAGCUUUGUGAGGAGACCUCUUAUGUAUGGAUGUUGUUCAAUUACACCGCAGUUAUUGUAGCUAGUAACGUUCUAAUACUAAGUUUCAAAUCGAACACCAUUUUUCUCUGUC